AAAUGCCAUUGUCAGCCGCCGAAAAACAAAGACGCUAUAAAGAAAAGUUAAAGAAGGACCCGGAGAAAUAUGAGGAAUAUAAAAAGAAAAAAAGAGAAUGUUAUCACGCAAAGAAGAAGUUAGUGAAGGACCUGACUCCGAAAGAACACUAUAAUGCUAAAAUAAUAUGGAAACUAAGAAAAAAGAAUUUAAGGCAAAACAAGAAAAAUCUAAGUCGUGUUCUCGAAGUCACACCUCCAAGUUCACCAGUAACUGCACAGGAUAUUUUGGAAAACAACCCUCAAGAAAUGGGUCAUAUGGAAGAAACUAAUAGAGAAGAAUUGAGGGAAAGUGAAGAGCUUCAUAAUAAAACCGUAGACAAAAAGAGGGAAAGAGGCCGAAAGAAAAUCCGAAGAGAUCGCACAAAAUUAUACAAAGAAAAUUUAAAAUUAAAGCAAGAAAACCAAAAACUAAAAAUGGCGUCUGAAAAGUAUAAACAACGUUAUUUUAGACAAAAACGCAAAUAUCGUAAAAUAACAUCACAUGAAAGUGAUGAGGCGAAAUACAAUAUCUUAACAAACGCCAUAAAAGAUAGAUAUCAGAAAAUUAAGAAAGCCAAAGAAAAGAGACUAUUGAGAAGUAUUUUUGAAAAUGUCGCAAAGCCCAAAAGAAAAGAAAUAAUGAAGGAAACUCUUGGGUUGACUGGUGGUUUAAGGGAAAACGAAAACAUCAAAAGCUUAAUACGUGGAGAGAAGCUGUUGAAAAAUAUUGUUCAAGAUUUUUUCCUUCGAGAUGACGUAUCACGAGCGACUGCGGGGAAAAAAGAAACAAUAACAAAGGCAAAGAUAAAAGCCCAAAAGAGUUUGUAA